UUCUCUGUCUUCUUUGCCUACAAAACAAGAAACGUAUCUCAUUUUCCAAAUAACUAAAAAACACUUAUCUUCAAACACUGAAAGCACAAAAUUCACAUACACGCAAAACGCGCGCUUAUAUCACAAUACAACUGAAACGGUUACUGAAACUGAAACGGAGUGAAGAGAAGAGAAGCGAAACUUAGAGCGAUGUCCAAACAGACUUACAGAGUUUGCUUCUGCUGCCGCCGGCGAUUCAAGCUCGCCGUGUCGGAGGCGCCGCCGGAGAUAAGGAAUCUCUUCGACCGGUACUCCGAGAACGGGCUCAUGACGGCGUCGCAUCUGCGGAGCUUCAUGGUUGAAGUGCAGAGAGAGGAGACAGCGACGGAGGAGGAAGCGCAGGGAAUCAUUGAUGGACUCAAGCAUCUCAGUAUCUUCCAUAGAAGAGGUCUCAAUCUCGAAAGUUUCUUUAAGUUCCUCUUCAGUGAUAACAAUCCACCACUUGCACAACCAAUGGUGCACCAUGAUAUGAAUGCACCAUUGUCUCAUUAUUAUAUAUUUACCGGUCACAAUUCCUAUCUGACGGGAAAUCAGCUUAGUAGUGACUGCAGUGAUGUCCCCAUCAUACGUGCACUGCAGAGAGGUGUUAGGGUCAUUGAAUUGGAUAUAUGGCCCAAUGCAUCAAAGGAUGAUGUGGAUGUUCUUCAUGGAAGGACAUUGACUACUCCCGUGGCACUCAUCAAAUGUUUGAGGUCUAUUAAGGAGCAUGCUUUUGUUGCAUCAGAAUAUCCAGUUGUAAUAACCUUAGAAGACCAUCUUACUCCUGAUCUUCAAGCCAAAGUGGCUGAGAUGAUUACUCAAACUUUUGGAGACAUACUAUUUUGUCCUACCCCAGAAAGUGUGAAGGAAUUCCCUUCUCCAGAAUCACUUAAAAGAAGGGUCAUUAUAUCAACCAAACCACCUAAGGAGUACCUUGAGGCAAAAGACAUAAAGGAAAAGGAGGAUGAAUCACAUCAGGGAAAGGCUUUGGGUGACGAAGAAGCAUGGGGGAAGGAAGUCCCAAGUCUUAAAGGCGGUACUAUUGCUGAUUACAAGCAGAACAAUGGGAAUGAUGAUGAUGAUGAUGAUGAUGAUGAUGAUGACAAUGACGAUGAUGAUGAGGAAGAUGCUGAUGAAGAAAAGUCUCGUCAAGAUGUAUGUGCUGAAUAUCGACGUUUGAUCGCUAUUCAUGCUGGAAAGCCCAAAGGAGGAUUACUUGAAGGUCUUAGAGUGGAUCCUGAUAAAGUGAGGCGAUUAAGUCUAAGCGAGCAGCAGCUUGAAAAUGCUGCUUUAUCUCAUGGAAAAGAAAUUGUCAGGUUUACUCAGCGGAAUAUACUGAGGGUGUAUCCAAAAGGCACUCGCAUUACCUCGUCGAAUUAUAACCCAUUAAUUGGGUGGAUGCACGGAGCGCAAAUGGUUGCAUUUAACAUGCAGGGCUAUGGCAGGUCUCUGUGGUUGAUGCAGGGAAUGUUCAAAGCUAAUGGAGGAUGUGGUUAUGUUAAAAAACCAGAUUUUCUAUUAAAGACUGGUCCAAAUAAUGAGGUCUUUGAUCCAAAGGCUAAGUUGCCUGUGAAGACUACUUUGAGGGUAACUGUAUAUAUGGGGGAAGGAUGGUACUACGAUUUCAAGCAUACACACUUCGAUCAAUACUCACCUCCAGAUUUCUAUGCAAGAGUGGGGAUUGCUGGAGUCCCUGAUGACACUCUGAUGAGGAAAACCAAGACAAAAGAGGACAAUUGGUUGCCAACUUGGAACGAGGUAUUCGAGUUCCCACUAUCUGUUCCAGAACUGGCUUUGCUUCGUGUAGAAGUUCACGAGUAUGAUAUGUCUGAGAAGGAUGACUUUGGUGGACAGACAUGCUUGCCUGUGUGUGAACUUCAGACCGGAAUUCGAGCAGUUCCACUGCAUAACCGCAAGGGAGAGAAGUACAACAAUGUGAAGCUUCUCAUGCGCUUUGAGUUCAUCUGAUUUUUGUGCACAUUCUUCUUCUGUUCUAUAUAUGUUCUGUUGUACAGCCAUUAUAAUAUGUCACUAAGAAGAAUUCAUUCAUGUAUGUUAUUUGUCUUGAAGGAUGCUUUCUCUCUUCAAUGAUGCUUUUGAGAAAUAAGAUUGUUUUGUCUUGUUUUCUUGAA